AAUGAUCCUCGCCUCCCUUCUCGUCUUUCAAGAUGAAUGAAGGAGGAUGACGGGGAAGCACAGGUACCUGCUGCGAGUCCGGGGCGAGGAUUUCGCGCUGCGCCUGGAGGUGGAAAGCCGAGAGGAGGUGGAGAAGCGGCUCAGCGAGGAAUCGUUUGCCCGGGUCCUCCCGACCCAAUACUUCCUCGAGUACCUGGACGAGGAGGAGAACUGCUACGUGCGGGUGCUGAAAGCGGAUGAGCUGCCGGAGGGAGGGCAUCUCAGGGUGUCGCCGCUCUAUGGCCUCGACCAGCCGCCGCCACCAUAUUAUCCGCCUCUAGAUAAGUCGGUGUUGGACACGACGCCCGGGAGGAUAUAUCAAUACUUCGGGGAGCCUCAUCUGCCAAUGUACAUGUCGCCUCCGACGCCGAAGUACGUGACACCUCCGGCGCCACCGUACGUGUCGCCUCCGGCGCCGCCGGGCGCACCCACUUCAUUAAAUAAAAAAGUGCAGGUCAUGUGCUACAAGUCGCAAACGCCGCACACGGAGUGCCAGACGUCACCUCCGCUCACCCCCCUUUGCCCUGCCCUGCCCUAUGAGGUGAUCGCCCUGGUGUUGUCGCACUCGCAACACCAGUCUCCCAUGACCGCGAGUACUUAA